UAACUGUUACUUAAAUAAAAUAGCUAGAGGAGCUUUUGGUGCAUCCCAAAGUUUGUUUCAAGUUGAAUCCAGAAAUGUUUAAAUCUACACUGAAGUACCUCUCUCUGAUAUUUUUCUACUUGUCUUCUUCUUUACUUUGAGAGCUGAUCUGUUGCCUCUGCAGCCCUCCAUUUAAGUGUAACAUCCCCUCACUUGAAUGCAUUGUUUUUAAGUUGCACUUCAGUCACUGUUAGGGACGGAGGGAGAGGGGACAAAGUACACAGGACGCAUGUAAGGAGGAGGGGGUGAACAGGAGGGGGAAAAAAAGAAGAAAAAUUGACCUUUGAUUGCAAAACAGCAGGUGGAGAGCAAAAACCAGGCAGCUCAGGACACAUCGAGAGGAAAUUCAACACAGGAAAAAUGAAAGUAAAUGCUUAAGCUGAAGAGGGACUAAAGAAUAGGGAGGCUAAAUGCAGUCUGUCUGGCUAUCAACUGAGUGAGAAAGUGCACGAGAGCAACGUUUGUUUGCAGGGCGGCAGCAAGGUAAGCCAUCAGAGUUAUGGAGGAGAGGAUAGAAGAGAAGGCCAAGUCGAGGCCGAGCCGUCUGACUGCCCUGCAGGAGCAGCUGAUCUGGGCUCUGCUGGGAUCUGGAAUGUCCCGGGAUGUCCUGGUCCAGGCCUUGGGGGAGCUAGAGCGAGAAAGGACGAGCGCUGGCGUCGAGAGGGUAGAGAGGGGGGAUGGAGAGAGCUCCGAGGAGGGAGAAAUGGAUUUCUCACCACCCAUAUUCCGAGAGGUGGAGAAGCUUCCCCCCGAGGAGGCGGCCAAAUUGAGGGCUGAGGUUGAUCAUCUAGUGCAAGGGGACCCCUGGCAUGUUGCAAAAAUGGUGAAGAGCUAUAUGCAGCAGCAUAACCUCCCUCAGAGAGAGGUGGUGGAGUCCACCGGAUUAAACCAGUCCCACCUCUCACAGCACCUCAACAAAGGCACGCCCAUGAAGAACCAGAAGAGAGCCGCUCUCUACACCUGGUACGUCAAGAAGCAGUGUGAGAUCAGCCAGCAAUUUACCAACGCCAAACACGGGCUGGGAGCUGCAGAGGAGCAGAGAGAGGAAAAUAGGAAAGGACGGAGGAACAGGUUCAAAUGGGGUCCAGCAUCCCUGCAGAUCCUCUUCCAUGCCUAUGAGCGACAGAAGAACCCCAGCAAGGAGGAGAGAGAGGGGUUAGUGGAGGAAUGCAACAGAGCAGAAUGUCUGCAGAGGGGGGUGUCUCCCUCACAGCUGGCUGGCCUGGGCUCAAAUCUCGUCACCGAGGUGCGGGUUUACAACUGGUUUGCCAACCGCCGCAAAGAGGAGGCCUUCAGACACAAACUGGCCCUCGACACACCUUAUGCAAACCAAUCUGUGUCCUCUCACCCCAACCUGCCACCAAGUCCUGAGCAUGGUGUUAAGUACAGCCAUCAGAUCAUGUGUGACACCGUGAUCUUAGGUAGAAGCAGUGAAAGGGAGAGAGUGGGACGUCUUGUGAUCAGCCCUGUCCAACUGGAGCCCAGCCACACACUCCUUGAGACACACACCCCCAAACAGGUGUCCAGCAGUGGACCACUGCCCCCUGUUAGCACUCUGACCUCGCUGCACAGUUUUUCUGCCUCCCCGGCAUCCUCACAGAGCCUCAUCAUGGCCUCCCUGCCUAGCGUCAUGAGCCUAGGAGAAUCCUCGCUUCUCAUUGGUUUAGCUUCUGCGCAGCCUCAGACCGUGCCUGUUAUCAACAAUGUCGGCGCCGGUUUCACAACUCUACAGCCCAUCUCAUUCCAACAGCAGCUCCACGGCUCGCCACAGCAGCAAUUAUCACAGCAGCUCCACAGUCACAUGGGUGCCAGUCCCUUCAUGGCAACAAUGGCACAGCUGCCAUGUCACAUGUACAACAAGUCUGACUCGCCACAGUACCAUCCAUCCAGUCUGCUGCCUCAGGCCAUGGUCAUCACCGACAGCAACAGCCUUGGGACGCUGACCAGCCUGGCUGCUGUCAGACAGAUUCUAACUGCAGAUCCUGAGGAACAGACUGACCCGCCCUUACAAGAAGACUCUCUGCACCUGCAGCCACACACACCUGUGCCAGCUUCUUCUGAGAGCCUCGAGCUGUAUCCAACCUCUCAGUCAACAGAUAGUCAUCAGUCUCAUCUGCUCUCACCUUCACCAACAGACAUCUCAUAUAUUCCUUCACAAAUGGUGUCUACCGCACAGUAGAAAGGCUCUGUCUGCACAGUUUCCGGCUUCUAUCAGCUGGAGUGACUGUACUUGGGAUAGACAGCUACCUCUCGUGUAAACUUCCAGAAAAACUUGGGAGUCUCAGAGAGGACUCAGCUUUGAUGUAUCAAAGACCUUCUGAAACCACUGCAAUGCGAACAACGAUCAACAUGAGAGAAGAUUCACUUUGAUAAAACAAUCAUCUAUAAAUCAACACCAGAAUGUAUUUUAUUACAAUGUUGAGUCAUAUCCAAAAGUUGUAUACUAAAUUGAAACUUGUACUACAUGUUACCCUUAUUUUUUAUGUCACUGCCUGGAAAUGCUUUUCACAUUCUGGAUGUGUAUCUUUCAUAAAGUACAGUCUAUUUCAA